AUGAGUCGACAAACACCACGAAAGCAGCGACACACCCGUCAGCCUUCGAACCGCAUACCGGCCGUUUCAGACUACGAAUCAGAUGCCGCAGUUAUACAUACCGACUACGCGCCACCGCCUCCACGCACAAACACCGAACUCAACCUCUCUGUGCUCCAGCGCUAUCUCCCCUCUAUCCACACCAUCCUCAGCAUAGCAGCCAACGCUGUUAUCUACACAUUCAAUAGCACCUCUGAGAGUUGGGAGAAGUCUGGCGUGGAGGGCACCAUGUUUGUCUGCGCGCAAAGUCCGUCUUCCGAGGAUCCUGCCCAACAACCACGAGCCUGCGUGUUUGUCCUUAACAGAAGAGGGCUUGAUAAUGUGAUUGUAGAUCUCUCACGGGUGUCCCAUGCUGAAGUUUCUGGCGAGCUCGUGAUUAUGAAGGUCGAGGGCGAUUGGGAGGAGGGCGACAAGGUCCUAGGAGUGUGGAUCCACAACGACAAGGAUGAGACGAGAGAGAUGAACGCCGCCAUUAUCCAAGAAGCUUGGAAGAUUGCGCGCUCUGCGGGUCCUGUCGAAACAACACAAGGACCUGAAGCUGGCCCCGCCAUGCAGGCGAUGGGCAGACGACUGAUUGAAAACCCCGAGUCUGAAGAGUCGAAGAUGGAGGAUACGAAAGGGAAAGGCAAACAAAAGGCAGAGAAUCCGAUAUCCGUGAAACCAGAGGUUAUGAAACCAAAGGAGUCGGGGUCAAAGAUUGAGAUGCCAGAAGCAGAUGUGGCAAAGGCCAAGGAUCCAAAGGGCAAAGACUUGAAGACUGAAAACUCCGAGAACACGGAUUUAAAGGUCGAUAUGCCGGAGGUUGAGCUGCCAGCCGAGGAGAAACCUGAGUCUGCGGGAUCUGAAUCUGAUAUCAAUACCGACUAA